AGCUUUUGUUGUAUUAAGCAAAGGGCGUGGUGUGGUAUUUAUUCCACAGGCUUUUCCUUUUCUAGACCUCUAGCACUUCACACAGCACACUGCGAAAAAAUGCAAUUGCAAAGGCUGGCCAGUGAGUGUAGGAUUACUUCAUGAACAGGAAAAAAAAAUCCACUGGAUGGCCUCACAUACUUAGAAAUGACAGGGACAAACACUACUUUUCUGUUCUAAAAUAUCUCAUUGCAGAGGAGAAUCUGAACUUUAAAGUCACAUGAUGAUGAAACCAUAGGUUUGCUAAACAUGCAACGUGUAUGGUUUGAAUGACUUCAGCAAAGUUCCUGUUUCCCUUACAGAACUGCAUAUUUUUUACUCAGCAGGCGCCUGGAUUCUUCACCGUGGUGUACAGCAGCUGAAGAAAUUAUUGUUAUAUACAAACUUUGCUUCCUAAAGAAAUAGAAAGGGCUCUAAGCUCCAAACAAUAAUUGUAUUUCAUCUGCCAAUUCUCAGUGAAAGUCGCAGCCUGUUGUUUCCGUGGAACAAUUCCUUGAAAAGUUUUCCCUUUUUUAGCAACAUUUGAACUACACAAAGUAAAAUACUGUAUCUGGGAGAGGUCCUCAGAAAGCAGAAAUGUAUAAUGAAGCUGAAACUUGUGAUAAAACUGGGCAUUAAGAAGAGAAAAUGUGAAGACUGUUUUCCACUCUGUUUCAAGCACUGUUGAACAGGAAAUAAGCACAGUGUGGAAAGAAGGAUGACUUCUCACAACAUGACGUGGAUCAGCUACCCAAGCAAGAGCCAGCGUUUCACCUCCCCAGAAGAAAUCGAAGCCAUCAUAGCUUCUCAAAACAUCAUAUCCAGACUUAUGCACUGUUACAUUGCCUUUUUCAUACCUGCAGGAUUAAUAGCUGGCAUAUGUAUUUUGAUCAUUUUCAUAAAGAAUCAUUUGCAGAACAAAAGAGCAAGCUUGGACUUACUUCUUUUACACUUCACCAUCAGCAAUAUCAUAAUGAUUUUUUUAUCCUUUACUGUCAUCACUAGACCUGACUAUUUAACAGCAACCUAUCUUGCCUGUAGCAUACUGUCAUUUUUUUUCAACUUUGUUUAUUUCAAUUCUCAGUAUGUUUUCACUUUGACACUUCUCACACUAUUACUGGAGAGAUUUCCACCACGGACUGCUCUCUGCAGAGCCACCCAAAGACCCAUUUUGUGUGUCGGGUUUGUGCUCACAUACACCUUCUGUUUGUCCCUGACAGAGGCCGUGCUGAUUGGCACUGAUAAUUAUCACCUGGAAGCAGACUGCCAGCUGGAUCCAUUAUUUGCAUGGCCUGAGUAUGAGAUUGUUAAAUUCACCUUUGGGUUUGGAAUGCCGUCCUUACUGCAGAUCCUCUGUUUGGCUGUUGUGUGGGCUAAAGAAGCACGUGCUGGAGCUGCAGCCCUGGGGCAGCACAUCCGCGCUCACCCCGCCGUGUACGCCACCGGCGCGACGACGUUUAUCUGCCGCCUGUUCUACAACGUCAUGAUCCUCUUCAGGACAGCACUGAAACUACAGAGGAGCAUUGGAACGACAAAGAACGAGCUCGUGAUGAACAUUGCAGAAAUAGUGAUGUUCUGUGAGAGCUGUGCUAGUGUGGUAGUUAUACUUUGUUUUUAUAAACCGUUCAGGGAUGAAGUACUUAAAGUCGUACAGAAGUGCCGAAGGAAAGCCCGUACCAACAACCACCUUGAAAUACCAGAAACAGCCAUGACACAUCAAAGUGGGUCUCAGUAAUACUUUCUCUUCUUAACAACUCUCAAUCCACUGCACUUUUUAGCUUGUGGAUUUUGGUUUGUUUUUUUACUUCUUCAAAAAAAGGGCAAUUGUUCCUUCUUUAGAACCCAAACUUGGCUUAUCUUUCAGCUAGCAGUACUAGAAGAAAAAAGAUGACCAGUUCUAAUACUUACAGUGAAAUCUGUAAAAAAAAAACUUCCAGGGUCUGGGGCUGUUUGGGUUUUUUUUUCAUAUAUACAUAGAUAUUUAAAUCAUCUAUUUUUCUGCAAGCAUUGCUUCAAAGUCAAGUAGAAAGAUGAGUACUGUUGCCAUAGCACUGUGCUUCUGCAAUAGUAUCAAUGCCCUGGUAGAGCUGCAAACAAAAUUAUGGCAGAAAGCAACUUUGAACAAAGGUCAAAAUCUGUAAGUCAGAAUAUUUUCUCAGGUGUGCUUCCUCCUUUGACGUCUUACCCUUCAAGCUAUAUAUUUCUAUAACAAUGGUAUAUAACUGGUAUGUAUAAUUCCAGUGGCAGCAGCAGUGAAAUUUUUGUCUGAACUCCUGUGACAAAAAAAAGGAAAGAAAUCAAAUUAAUGGAAAUGCAGGUCCAUAAAAGAAAGCUUUGGGUCCUUUGUGAGGCACUGAACUGGAAAGAUCAAUAGGAUGGCUAAUUAAAACUUUGUACAAGAAUGAAAGCUUUUUAUUAAUGUACCCUCAGCUUCCACUUUGCAUUUAGACUUAUAGCAAUGAUUGAUUUAAGCCAUUCCUGAUGAGUUCAUUCAGAAGUAUGAACUCAUUGGAAGAGCCAUAGUAAGUUAGUAAUACACUAACUGAAAAAUAGAGAAAGGUCAGCCCAGAACAGUAGAACUGAGGUGUAUUUUUAAGAAGGCAAACAAAACCCAAGCCCCAGUUCCUAACUGGAAUCAAGGCUCUGCUAGAGACAAGCACUGUACAUUUAGAUGAGAGUUAAAGGGCAAAUAGUGCAAAAAGAGGAAAAAAUCUGAAUAAUAAAACAGCUGUGGUGCAGGAGUUUGGAUGAAGCCCUGCAGGAUCAGUAGCUGAUGCAGGCUGAGUUGUAGGUGCAAACCUGUAAAUGCUUGCUUUGAGCACAUUAUUACUGCCACCAAAUCUGGCCAAGAGCCACCUUAGGCAUUUGGCCAUGGCUUCAUCUUCUCCUCUUAAAAAGGUGGAGAGAACGGAACUAGGAAAAGCACAGAAUUGUACUAAAACUUGGAUACUGACAUAGACUCAGAUGGCAAAGUUACAAAAACACAGCACUGUGCUUGAAGAGUUCUGAGAAAAGCUAUUUUGAUGCUUAAAUCUGUGCCUUUGUACGAAACCCAGGUGCUAAGGGAAGUGAGAGGGGCUUUUUGCAGUUAUAUCCUUUGAAAGAUCUUCUUGAUGGGGUCUUCCAGAUUUGUGUGGGGAGCUGGUGUAAAUCAGCAUGGGCUGCCUAAGAGGGAACAGCAGGAACUGAUUGACCAAGAUGAACAUCUUCCACAAGGCAACAGCCAAGAAAUGGAAGAACAAUAAUCAUGCAGAAUAUAGAUCAAGUAUCUAGAGAUAUGGAUCUAGUCUUGGACAUCCAAAUCCUGACAGGUAUGGACCAUGACUGUAUCACAUGCAAAUAAAGGGCAAUAUGUAAUCCCACUAUGACUGUAAGGACUAACAUUUCCACAAGAUGUAAAAAUCAGCUGCUAAGAUAUCUGCAUUAUAUUGUGUCAGCCUGUUCUCCUGUUCAGUUUUGUUCUGCUGCCAGCAUGAACAGAUGGAUAAUUAAAAAACUCUACAUAUAAACAGAUCCUUAUAGAAUGUGGUCAGAAAGGAAGUAGGCAGAUAAGAAUCAUCUCUUUGAACACACGAGCCUAUUUCAUACUUGUGAAAGGAAUUCUCAGAUGGCAUCAGAGAUUUUGUUUUGCACCUGAGAAGAGGGAGAUUAAACAACAUAGACCAAAGAUCAGCCUUGCAGAAAGAAGUCUGAAGAGAUGAGUUGUAAGAGCUGUACAUCAGUGAAAAAGCUGACAGACUGAGUGAAAGAAUAUGUCAGAGGGUGCAAGCUGUUUAUCCCAGCUCAGAAAGUCAGAGUUUCAGCUGCACCGUGGAUAAGGAAGAUAUUUUGUAGUAUGGGAAUGAUGUGUGAAUGAUUCUACUUCAUUUACAGCUUCCAUAUAUUUUAUAUUGAAGGAUGAAAUAAUAAA